AUGGGCCAUAACCCGAGUCAGCCCGGCGCAGCACCGGGUGGCAUCCCUCACCAGCUCGUGGGGCACAUGGGAGUGUCGGGUCCAGGCCCUCAGAUCAAUGCUGCCGCCCUCAUGGGAGGCAUGCCGCCCGGGGCGGGAAACCCGAACGCCCAUGCGAUGCAACAUCUGAGUCCGGCGCAGGCCCAGAUGUUUCAUCAUCCGCAAUUAAACCAAAUGUAUGCCGCAAACAACCCGGCAUUGCAGCAACAGAUGCAGCAACAUCGGCUGCAAAUGCUUCAACAACAGCAGCAUGCGAGACAAGCGCUGAUGACCCACGGGGCCUUUGGGGCCAUGAACACGGCGGGCAUGGGUAUCCCGCUUGGACAAAUGAACCCGGCCCAAGCUGCUCAGAUGGCAGCACUUAGAAGGAUGCCAGUAGCUUCCCCGAUGCACCUUCAACAAGCCCAAUUGGCUCAACAACAACAGGGCCAGCCUAUGAAUCCGAAUAUGAUGGCCCACCAGCUGGCACUACAACAGCAGCAAAUGCAGAUGAACCAACAAGGGGGUAAUCCGAACCAACACCCGAUGAACCCCCAGCACCUGAACCAGAUGCAACAAGCCCAACUGGCCGCGCUCCAGGCUCAGCAGGCCCAGCAAGCGCAAGCGGAAGCUCGCAUGCAAGCGCAGGCGCAGGCGCAGGCCCAACACCAGGCAGCGCAAGCAGCUCAAGCCCAGCAGCAAGGGCCAGGGCAGUCACAGCAAGCGCAACAAGUCCCUCAACCACCGCCUGGUCAGCAGCAACAACAGCCUCCGCCACCCGGACAAGGUGGCCCCGGAGCCAACGGAUCAGCGCCGACUCCAGGCGCUACCCAGGGUCAUACGCCACAACCCAACCCACAGCAACAGCCCCAGGCGCCGCCCCAGACGCCGCAAGUCACACAAGCACAGCAACAGGCCCAGAUGAUUGCGCAGGUCCAGCAGGCCCAGCAACAGCAGGCCCAACAGCAGCAAGCGCAACAGCAAGCGCAACAACAGCACGCCGCAAACCUAGCGAGCCUGAUGCAACAAAGGCGUGAUCAGAUGGCGUUGAAGGGCGGCAUGCAUCAGCUCAAAAUGCUGCAGUUCUGCGAGCAGCUGAGCGGGUUUCCAGGAUCGAAGGGCAGAGAUGAUUUGGACUACUGGAACAAGUUUGUCCAACACUUCUUCUCACAAAAGGGCAUCUUUCGCCAUACAAUCCUCGUCCGGGAUGGCGAAGAUCAAGGCCAGGAGAAGCAGUAUGAAAUUGCAUAUCCCGCACUCGCCCGAUACUUCCACACCCAUUUUGAAAGCGGCGUGAAGCACAUGCAGUUGGUUUUGGAUAAGGGGACAGCAGAGCGACCGCUGCCAAACGACUGCCACCUGAUUGAGAACCAGAAGGCAAGCCUCGUCUACUGGUUCGAGGACAAUUCGCAUCUUGUAGCUCAGGGCAUCCUCCGUGUCCAGUUUGACAGUGAGUCAAGGUUUGAUCUCUUCGAAUUUCAAACUACGGCGCACGAGGAAUACAUUUCCAGGCGAGUAGUAAUUCAGGCCGCCCGGCCGGCGCACAACUGGGUUAAGGAGUGGCGAAGUCUCAACCAGCAAGACCCAAAGCAGUCCCCGGAACUCACCAAGAAGGGGAAGCCUAAACCAGCAAAGGUACCUGCUCGUGCUCCUCCGGAUCUUGACCUCCCGCACUCUGUUGUCAAGAGCGGCAUGGGAAUCACGGAGGCUGUCUAUCAAUUUCUCGAGAUGGUCGAGAUUAUGAACCAAAUGGGCCCACUCUUUGGAUACUACCACGCCCACCCUGGACUGGCUCCUUAUGCUGCCCUGGAUCAGUAUGUCAGCCAGAUCAAUGCCCAGAUCAAUGCGUCUGCACCUCAAGGCAUGAACGGCCAGCAGAUGGCCCAGGGCGGGCCCAGGACGCCCGGAUUUGGCCAGUUCCAGAUGGGUGCCAGCCCUGCCAUGGCCAAUUCCAUGCUUCCGGGUUCUCCCCAUAUCACCGGUAGUCCGAUUCCAGGACAGAUGGCUGCGCCGACGAUGCAGCUCCAGCCUAGCCAGCAAGGGAGCUCGAGCGGGCCGAGCGCUAAUACUUCGCCCGCCCAAAACAGCAACAAGCGGAGGAGGCCAUCGACCGUUAAGAACGAGGACGAGGCGCCCACGUCAGCCCCAACACCGGCGGCCAUGGGUACUCCACAGUUAAACGGAGUGCAAAUCAAGGGGAAGCAGCCCCCGACCCCUCGAAUGCAGAAGCGGCACAAGACUGGGAACAAUCCGGGGGUAUAG